AUGGCUUUCAUCAAUCAAUUUUUGUCAAAGAAACACGAUAAUAGGCAAGAAUUGAUACAAAAAGUCAGGGAACAAAUUUUCGACGACAGCUCUUAUGGAAGACAAUUAAUAAGCGCUCUUCUAAAUUCAAAAACGUUAGAAGAACGAGACGUCCAAAUCGAAUUUCAGAAGAAGUUGAAACGUGAAGCGAACUUGGAAGAACAAAGAAAACCUCAGUGGAGUUCUAUUGAAAGCGCUCCAGAUAUGGAAAAAAAUGAAAAUGAAAUUAAACGGAAACAAAGAGAAAGGAAUAUUGAAGUGGCUCAAAUUAACAAGGCUAUGUUCAAUAAACGAAAAGAAAUUGAAAUUCAUAGCAAACUAAAAGAAAUUACAUCGCAAAUUGAAGAAAAACGAGGAAUUGAUGAUAUGGAUGGUAUAGAAGCAAAAGAAAUGACAAAAAUGAAGAACAAUUUGAAACACGAGUACGAAUGUUUUGUUCAAGAGCAGAAUCUACAUAAAGAAGCAACAAUAACACGAGAACGAGAAAUUGAUGACGAAAUAGAGAAAAUCAAACAAAAGCAAGACCAAAGAAAUUGUCAAAUAAAAGCGAUAAAUGACAAGAUUAUCAAGGAACAAUGCAAUAACAGCAACACAAAAAUAGUAUACAAACAAUUGCAAAUUAUUCAGGAUGCAGAAAAAAGACGCUUUGAUCGGUUUAUAGAAACUGGUAUCGAAAGAUUUGAAAAAUCGUAA